UUCCGCCCCAAUAAUUUUUCUCUCGGCUGCCAGUGGUGCGUGUCUGCCGCCUGCCGCGCGGCCACUCUCGCCUCCCGCCGACGCCGUCCUGCCGAGGGGUGCCCGGCUGCCGUGCUCGGCUGCUGUGCUCGGCCAGCCCGGGGAGGGUAUUGGGUGCCGGCGGGGGUGUCUGGAUGGGUGCGGGAUCUGCUGGUGGGGGGCCGUGUCCCCGGUGCCCGUGGGGCAGCUGGCGGAUGGGCGGCAGGGGCUGAGUGCCACCAGUGCACCAUGGGCUGGACCCGGCCCCACGGGUGGCCGUGAGGAUGCUGGCGUCGCUCCUGCAGCUGCUCCAGGAGUUGCCGGGCCCCCCCGCAACCCUCCCUGGGGCCGGAGCAGGACCCAUGUCCGGCAUCUCCCUCUGCGGCACCUGCCUGUGCCUUGACAGCGACGCUGCUCACGCCGCGGGGCCAAGCCAGGAGGAGAAGGUGCUGUCGCUGGGCGCCGACGUCCUCCCCGAGUACAAGCUGCAGGCGCCGCGCAUCCACAAAUGGACCAUCCUGCACUACAGCCCCUUCAAGGCAGUGUGGGACUGGCUCAUCCUGCUGCUGGUCAUCUACACGGCCAUCUUCACCCCCUACUCGGCCGCCUUCCUGCUCAACGACCAGGAGGAGGCCCAGCGCCACAACUGUGGCUACUCCUGCAGCCCCCUCAACGUGGUCGACCUCAUCGUGGACAUCAUGUUCAUCAUCGACAUCCUCAUCAACUUCCGCACCACCUACGUCAACUCCAACGAGGAGGUGGUCAGCCACCCUGCGAAGAUUGCCAUCCACUACUUCAAAGGCUGGUUCCUCAUCGACAUGGUCGCCGCCAUCCCCUUUGACCUGCUCAUUUUUGGCUCCGGCUCUGAGGAGACCACCACCCUGAUUGGGCUGCUGAAGACGGCGCGGCUGCUGCGCCUGGUGCGGGUGGCCCGCAAGCUGGACCGCUACUCAGAGUAUGGCGCAGCCGUGCUCUUCCUCCUGAUGUGCACCUUCGCCCUCAUUGCCCACUGGCUGGCCUGCAUCUGGUACGCCAUCGGCAACGUGGAGGGGCAGCGCAUCGGCUGGCUCCACUCCCUGGGCGACCAGAUCGGCAAGCCCCUCAACGCCAGCAACCCCCUCUAUGGCCCCACCAUCAAGGACAAGUACGUCACCGCGCUGUACUUCACCUUCAGCAGCCUGACCAGCGUUGGCUUCGGCAACGUCUCCCCCAACACCAACUCUGAGAAGAUCUUCUCCAUCUGCGUCAUGCUCAUCGGCUCCCUGAUGUACGCCAGCAUCUUUGGCAACGUGUCGGCCAUCAUCCAGCGCCUGUACUCGGGCACCGCGCGCUACCACACACAGAUGCUGCGUGUCCGCGAGUUCAUCCGCUUCCACCAGAUCCCCAACCCGCUGCGCCAGCGCCUCGAGGAGUAUUUCCAGCACGCCUGGUCCUACACCAACGGCAUCGACAUGAAUGCGGUGCUGAAGGGCUUCCCCGAGUGCCUGCAGGCAGACAUCUGCCUGCAUCUGAACCGCAGCCUGCUGCAGAACUGCAAGCCCUUCAAGGGUGCCACCAAGGGCUGCCUGCGUGCCCUGGCCAUGAAGUUCAAGACCACCCAUGCCCCCCCCGGCGACACGCUGGUGCACGCUGGCGACGUCCUCACCGCCCUCUACUUCAUCUCCCGUGGCUCCAUCGAGAUCCUGCGUGGGGACGUGGUGGUGGCCAUUCUGGGGAAGAACGACAUCUUUGGGGAGCCACUGAACCUGUAUGCGCGGCCGGGGAAGUCCAACGCAGACGUGCGGGCACUGACCUACUGCGACCUGCACAAGAUCCACCGCGAGGACCUGCUGGAGGUGCUAGACAUGUACCCCGAGUUCUCCGAUCACUUCUGGUCCAGCCUGGAGAUCACCUUCAACCUGCGCGAUACCAACAUGAUCCCUGGCUCCCCGGGCAGUGAUGAACUGGACAACGGCUUCAACCGCCUGCGGAAGCGCAAACUCUCCUUCCGCCGGCGCACAGAGAAAGACGCAGCCAACGCCGGGGAGCUGCGGAGUGGGCAGAAGGCAUUGCGGCCAGGCAGGAGUUGCCAGGCGCCGGGGGCCCCACGCGGGCCAGCUGAGUGGGAGCCCUGCCACUCCAGCUCGCCCUCCAGCUCCCCCUCCAGCGACGAGGACGAGCCCCCUGUGCCUGGGCCGGGGGCCACUGCACUCUCCCCCUUCCGCAGCGCCCGUCCAGGCAGCGAGGUGCCCACGCCCGUUGAGGCCGAGGAGCGCAAGGGCAGCGACAUGUGCAAUCCCCUCUCAGGAGCCUUUUCGGGGGUCUCCAACAUCUUCAGCUUCUGGGGGGACAGCCGGGGGCGGCAGUACCAGGAGCUGCCGCGCUGCACCAUCCCAGCACACGCUGCCCUCAGCAUCCCGCUGCCGUCCCUGAGCCGCCGCCAACGCUCUGAGGUGGAGACGCGCCUCGACCUGCUCCAGAAGCAGCUCAACAGGCUGGAGACACGCAUGGCCGCGGACAUCAGCUCCAUCAUGCAGCUGCUGCAGCGUCAGGCCGUGCUGGUGCCCCCCGCCUACAGCACAGUCUCGUCUCCCCACCAGCCCCCCGGCCCCCCAUGUCCACUGCAGCCCAUUCUGCCCAUCACCCCCAUCCAGCCUCUCUCUCAGGUUCCCAGCUACCCGGUGCCGCUGGAGCUGCCGCGUGCCCCGGACCCCCGCGACGACCCUCUGCCACCGCCACCAGAUGUGGUGCUGCUGGUGGAGCCAGCGCCGCCGCGCCGGCUCUCGCUGCCCGGACAGCUGCCCGCCGCGCCGGACACACAGACGCUGCAUAGACACUGCUCCGACCCCGGGAGUUAAUGGCCAGGGCAGG